GUCUUGCAGAGAAAGCCGAAGAUCUCGGCAUCAAGGAAGCUGAUGCUGAAGAGUUUGAUGGUGGCAAAGGCCAAGGAGGAGCUGGAACAAGAGGUCCUGGUGAAGGAGGAGGAGAAGGAGAGGUACCUGGCGGAGAGGGCGCCCUCACUCAGAACUGGGGGCAUGAGUCUGGCACAACUGCAGGACCUGUGCCGAGAGCUGCACGCCAAGAUCGACGUCGUCGACGAGGAGCAGUACGACAUUGAGGCCAAAGUCAUGCUCAACACACGCGAGAUUAAGGACCUGAACAUCAAGGUGCUGGACCUGAGGGGGAAAUUUAAGAGGCCCAAUCUGAGACGAGUCCGUGUGUCGGCUGACGCCAUCCUCCGCUCGCUGCUGGGCUCCAAACACAAAGUGUCCAUGGACCUGAGAGCCAACCUGAAGUCGGUCAAGAAAGAGGACACGGAGAAGAAGAGACCGGUGGAGGACAGCGACUGGAGGAAGAAUGUGGAGGCCAUGUCAGGGAUGGAGGGAAGGAAGAAGAUGUUUGAUGCCGCCAAAGGUUCCGCGCAGUGAACCAACACGAGCUGAUCAGAAGAGAGCGGACCACCGAGUCUCUUCAGCGUCAACUGUCACUCAAGUCCAUCCUCAUCCAUCUGUGUGGUGUUCCUCAAAUCUGGACGUAUAAA